AUGGAUCAACAACCUCGUCCACCGGACGGAAUUUCCGGUGACCCAAGAAACGGAAAACUACUCCGGCCGCCUCGCAGGACCAACCCAAUCAUCUGGUGUGGUGCAAUCCUAUGUGUUAUUUUUAGCCUCCUCCUCAUUCUCGCCGGAAUUGCCACUCUGGUCAUAUUCCUUGUCGUCAAGCCGACACACCCCAUUUUUGACACCACAAAGGCAAAUCUCAACAGCAUCUACAUCGAUUCGCCGGAGAACCUUAACGGCGACUUUACCUUCCUUGCAAACUUUUCCAACCCAAAUAGGAAAAUUGACGUGAGAUUCGAGUCUCUGGACAUAGGGCUUUACUUCUACGACAGGUUUAUCGCGACUCAAGGGCUCCAAGCAUUCUCGCUGAAACGGGGAGAGACUAGGUUGGAGUUGGUUCACAUGGUGUCAAGCGAGGUUUAUUUGCCUCCAAAUCUGGCGUUGGAGCUUCGGAAACAGGUUGAAAACAACAGGAUUCAGUAUAAUAUAAGAGGAACGUUUAGGCUGAGAGCUAGCAUUGGCCUCAGCCAUUUUUCUUACUGGUUGCAUGGGAGAUGCCAGGUUGAGAUGACCGGUCCACCGAAUGGUGUCCUAGUUGCUCGAAGUUGCAGAACAAAAAAGAGGUGA